ACGGCUUCCUGGCCCUAGCAGGCCCCACCCCCGAGACGGCGCGCAGGCGUAGAGGCGGCCGCUCGUCCCUGUCUGCGCAGGCGCCGUGCUCCUCCCACGGCGGUUGGCCAUAUAGAGGCUGGGGGCGGGGGGAGGUCAAGCGUAGCCUCUUCUCCUUUACCAAGAUGGCGUCUUGUCCCUGUUUCGCCACAGUUCCCACCUUAUGAGCUUGGUUGCCUCGCGCUAAUAAAAGAGGGGAACAGUAAAAGCUGGCAGGCUGACAGAGACAACCUCGGGACGGACUUUCUGGCUACUGACCAUUUUGCUGUGGCUUACUCGGAUUGCGUGUGGACGUGAGAUCAACCAUGAGCUCCGUUGCAGUUUUGACCCAAGAGAGUUUUGCUGAACAUCGAAGUGGGCUGGUUCCGCAACAGAUCAAAGUUGCCACUCUAAAUUCAGAAGAAGAAAGUGACCCUCCAACCUACAAGGAUGCUUUCCCUCCACUUCCUGAGAAAGCAGCUUGCUUGGAAAGUGCCCAAGAACCUGCUGGAGCCUGGAGUAACAAGAUCCGGCCCAUCAAGGCCUCUGUCAUCACUCAGGUGUUCCAUGUACCCCUAGAGGAGAGAAAAUAUAAGGACAUGAACCAGUUUGGAGAAGGUGAACAAGCCAAAAUCUGCCUUGAGAUCAUGCAGAGGACCGGUGCUCACUUAGAGCUCUCUCUGGCCAAAGACCAAGGCCUCUCCAUUAUGGUCUCAGGGAAGCUGGAUGCUGUCAUGAAAGCCCGGAAGGACAUUGUUGCUAGACUGCAGACACAGGCCUCAGCAACUGUUGCCAUUCCUAAGGAGCACCAUCGCUUUGUUAUUGGCAAAAAUGGAGAGAAGCUGCAAGACUUAGAACUAAAAACUGCAACCAAAAUCCAGAUCCCACGCCCAGACGACCCCAGCAAUCAGAUCAAGAUCACUGGUACCAAAGAGGGCAUUGAGAAAGCUCGCCAUGAGGUCCUUCUCAUCUCUGCCGAGCAGGACAAGCGUGCUGUGGAGAGGCUAGAGGUGGAAAAAGCCUUCCACCCAUUCAUCGCUGGGCCAUACAAUAGACUUGUGGGUGAGAUCAUGCAAGAGACAGGAACUCGAAUCAACAUCCCCCCACCCAGUGUCAACCGAACAGAAAUCGUCUUCACUGGAGAGAAGGAACAGCUAGCUCAAGCCGUGGCUCGUAUUAAGAAAAUUUAUGAGGAAAAGAAGAAGAAGACUACAACUAUUGCAGUGGAAGUGAAGAAAUCGCAGCACAAGUAUGUUAUCGGGCCAAAGGGCAAUUCAUUGCAGGAGAUCCUGGAAAGAACUGGAGUUUCUGUUGAGAUCCCACCCUCAGACAGCAUCUCCGAGACUGUGAUACUGCGAGGCGAGCCUGAAAAGUUGGGACAGGCGUUGACUGAAGUCUAUGCCAAGGCCAACAGCUUUACAGUCUCCUCAGUCUCUGCCCCUUCCUGGCUUCACCGUUUCAUCAUUGGUAAGAAAGGGCAGAACCUGGCCAAAAUCACUCAGCAAAUGCCAAAGGUUCAUAUCGAGUUCACAGAAGGUGAGGACAGGAUCACCCUGGAGGGCCCCACGGAGGAUGUAAAUGUGGCCCAAGAACAGAUUGAAGGGAUGGUCAAAGACCUGAUUAACCGGAUGGACUACGUAGAGAUCAACGUUGACCACAAAUUCCACAGGCACCUCAUUGGAAAGAGUGGAGCCAACAUCAACAGAAUCAAAGACCAGUAUAAGGUAUCUGUGCGCAUCCCUCCCGACAGCGAAAAAAGCAACCUGAUCCGAAUUGAGGGGGACCCCCAGGGCGUGCAGCAGGCCAAACGGGAGCUGCUGGAGCUUGCUUCUCGUAUGGAAAAUGAGCGCACCAAGGAUCUAAUCAUUGAGCAGAGAUUUCAUCGCACAAUCAUUGGGCAGAAAGGUGAACGGAUUCGUGAAAUUCGUGACAAAUUCCCAGAGGUUAUCAUCAACUUUCCAGACCCAGCACAAAAAAGUGAUAUUGUGCAACUCCGAGGGCCAAAGAAUGAGGUGGAAAAGUGCACAAAGUAUAUGCAGAAGAUGGUGGCAGACCUGGUGGAAAAUAGCUAUUCAAUUUCUGUUCCGAUCUUCAAGCAGUUUCACAAGAACAUCAUUGGGAAAGGAGGUGCAAACAUUAAAAAGAUUCGUGAGGAAAGCAACACCAAGAUUGACCUUCCUGCAGAGAACAGCAACUCUGAGACCAUUGUUAUCACCGGCAAACGAGCCAACUGUGAAGCUGCCCGGAGCCGGAUUCUGUCUAUCCAGAAAGACCUGGCAAACAUAGCUGAGGUGGAGGUCUCAAUCCCCGCCAAAUUGCACAACUCUCUCAUUGGCACAAAGGGCCGUCUGAUCCGCUCUAUCAUGGAAGAGUGUGGUGGAGUCCACAUUCACUUUCCUGUGGAAGGUUCCGGAAGUGACACAGUUGUCAUCAGAGGUCCUUCCUCAGAUGUGGAGAAGGCCAAGAAGCAGCUCCUGCACCUGGCUGAGGAGAAGCAAACAAAGAGUUUUACUGUUGACAUCCGAGCCAAGCCAGAGUACCACAAAUUUCUCAUUGGCAAGGGGGGCGGCAAAAUCCGCAAGGUACGUGACAGCACUGGAGCCCGCAUCAUAUUCCCAGCCGCUGAGGAUAAGGACCAGGACCUGAUCACAAUCAUAGGAAAGGAGGAUGCCGUUCGAGAGGCCCAGAAGGAACUGGAGACACUGAUCCAGAACCUGGAUAAUGUUGUUGAAGACUACAUGCUGGUGGACCCCAAGCACCACCGCCAUUUUGUCAUUCGAAGAGGUCAGGUCUUAAGAGAAAUUGCUGAAGAGUAUGGCGGGGUGAUGGUCAGCUUCCCACGCUCUGGCACACAGAGUGACAAAGUCACCCUCAAGGGUGCCAAGGACUGUGUGGAGGCAGCCAAGAAGCGCAUUCAGGAAAUCAUUGAGGAUCUGGAAGCUCAGGUGAUAGUGGAAUGUGCUAUACCCCAGAAGUUCCAUCGAUCGGUCAUGGGCCCCAAAGGUUCCAGAAUCCAGCAGAUCACUAGGGACUACAAUGUUCAAAUUAAGUUUCCAGACAGAGAAGAGAAUCCAGUUCACAGUGUGGAGCCUGCCAUCCAAGAAAAUGGAGAUGAGACUGGAGAGAGCAGGGAGGCCAAGGAGGUUGACCCUGGCUCUCCCAGGAGGUGUGACAUCAUCGUCAUCUCUGGCCGGAAAGAAAAGUGUGAGGCUGCCAAGGAGGCCCUGGAGGCACUGGUUCCUGUCACCAUCGAGGUAGAGGUACCCUUCGAUCUGCACCGUUACAUCAUUGGGCAGAAAGGAAGUGGGAUCCGCAAGAUGAUGGAUGAGUUUGAGGUUAAUAUACACGUACCAGCUCCCGAACUGCAGUCGGACAUCAUCGCCAUCACUGGCCUUGCUGCAAAUUUGGACAGGGCCAAGGCAGGCCUACUAGAUCGAGUAAAGGAGCUACAAGCCGAGCAAGAAGAUCGGGCUUUAAGGAGUUUUAAGCUGAGCGUCACUGUAGACCCCAAAUACCAUCCCAAAAUUAUCGGGAGAAAGGGGGCAGUGAUCACUCAGAUUCGCUUGGAGCAUGAUGUAAACAUCCAGUUUCCUGAUAAGGAUGAUGGGAGCCAGCCCCAGGACCAAAUCACCAUCACAGGGUAUGAGAAGAACACUGAAGCUGCCCGUGACGCUAUUCUGAAAAUUGUGGGUGAGCUUGAGCAGAUGGUUUCUGAGGAUGUCCCAUUGGACCACCGUGUGCAUGCCCGCAUCAUUGGUGCCCGAGGCAAAGCGAUCCGGAAAAUCAUGGAUGAGUUCAAGGUGGACAUUCGCUUCCCACAGAGCGGAGCCCCAGACCCCAAUUGUGUCACUGUGACAGGACUCCCAGAGAAUGUGGAGGAAGCCAUUGACCAUAUCCUCAACCUAGAAGAGGAAUAUCUGGCCGAUGUGGUGGACAGUGAGGCUCUGCAGGUUUAUAUGAAGCCCCCAGCACACGAAGAGUCCAAAGCACCAUCCAAAGGCUUUGUGGUGCGCGAUGCUCCCUGGACCGCCACCAGCAGUGAAAAGGCUCCUGAUAUGAGCAGCUCUGAGGAAUUUCCCAGCUUUGGGGCUCAGGUGGCCCCCAAAACCCUCCCUUGGGGCCCCAAACGAUAAUGAUCAAAAAAAGCAGAAACCUUUCCAGCCUGCUGCCCAAACCCAACCACACAAUGGUUUGUCUCAAUCUGACCCAGCAGCUGGACCCUCAUAAAUUGUUGAUGCUCUUCCCCUUUCCCCGAGGUCUUGCAGCAAAACCUGGUGGCCUGGCCCUUUGUGGCCACUUCUCCAGGCCUGGUCAGCACCCAGCAGUCUCAGGGUCUGCUCCUGAUGCUGUGCUCUUGGACAGGCACGCCACUGUGUGAAACACUAAGCAAGGUAAUCGAGCAUUUCGUGAUCACAGACUCCAGCUUCCUGGUCCACCCAGCAUGUAGUCAGCACUCUGACCUUCACAUCAGAGCUCCACAGCGGCUAGGAGUUGACUUCCUGUGUCAUGACCUCAGGAAAUAAAUUUCCUUGACUUUAUAAAAGCCAAAA